AUGCUGGUCCUUGUGGGAGUCAACCUCGUCCUCAUGCUUUGGCUCGCCCACGAGUCCAUGACCGUUCUCCCGGCGCCACCUGGCGUCCGCGGACUGUGGUUUAAGGACAUAGACGCCAAGGUUGCUGCUCGCGAUGCGACCCUCCGCAAGCUCGGAGCCGAUCUCACAGCUAUCCGCAAGGCCCUCGCCGGCGAAUCCGCCAGCGAUGGCAGCAAGAGUAGUGACGGUGACGUCGGCAAAGGCGGCGGGCCCGAGCCGUGGCUCGUUGUGGGCAUUCCCACCGUCCCGCGCAUCGACUCGGCCACCGGCAAGCCGCUCGACUAUCUAAGCAAGACCGUGGACGCGCUGGUGACACAGAUGAGCUCGCAUCCGGCCUCGCUCGAGUACCGACAAGUGGUAGUGGUGGUGAUGAAUCAUGCGCCAAAGGCGGAGCACGUCAUGCUCGACGCCGCCAAGGAGCGGGUGGCGUCGGCUCGCCUGAGCCACGCCUUUGUGUUUGUCGACAACGACGGGUCGGUGCCAAACCCAACGCCUGGCGCUACCGACGUGGGAUCGCCCAACAAGCCCGGAUACAAAGUCCGCCAGCAGACUCGCGACGUGGUGGCACUGCUGCGCGAGGCGGCGCCGCGCGGGCGGUACUUUAUGUUUCUGGAGGACGAUUUUGAGCUCUGCCCCAACGGCUUUGCCGCCAUCGCGUACAUGGUCCGCAAGAUGGAGGCAUACUCGCCUGGCUUUGUCUCGGUCCGGGCCUCGUUUGGCCUCGCCGGCAUCGUCAUGCCGUCGCCUGACGCCCUCGUCUUUGCCGACUACCUGGAAAAGCACCAGGCGCGGCGGCCGCCGGACCACCUCUGCUCCGAGUGGACCGGGAAGGAGACGCCCGAAGCCGUGGCGUACCUCGGCCAGCGGGUCAACGGCGCCUUUCGCUACAACAUCCUCCACCACCUCGGCCGAGUCUCCACCCUCCGCAGCGAGCUCUCGGUUCCGUAUCCGGGCUGCUAUGAAUUUCUCGGUGAGCCGAUCCUGUUCAAGGUCGAGGCUUUUGAUCCUCGCGCCUGCCCGCGCGACGACGUUUGGCCGUGUCCGCCGACCGGCCCCACCGCGCCGCUCGUCGACUUUCGCGGGGAGAUACCGCCAGCAACGCCGCCAAGCUGAGUAGUUGCAGCGAUCGUGGUGCUGUGCUAUUAUGCUCAAAGCGUGAAGCGCUAAAAAAAAGCGCUCACGUCGCAAAACUCUUUACGGGAAAGAAUCGC